AUGGACGACUUGAAAUUCGCUUACGAGGAAAUUCUUGUUAAAAAAACAAAAAAGGAUACACAAAAACCUGAGGAACAUUUCAAACCGGGUUCAUUAUGGAUCACAAGAGCCAUUAAUACAGGAGGAAUAAUCGGUGGAAGUGAGAGUAACAUAAAACAAUUGAAAGCUUUGAAAAAAAAAAAUAAACAAUUUAAAACUGCACUUUCAUUGACAAAAUCUAAAACUAUGGGACAUAGGAAAAAUCUGAGUGCUGCAUGCAUCAUAUUUUUUGCUUGGAUCGUCUUCUUUGUUGAAUUUUUGCUAAGAAGUGAAUUUUUUUCAUUGUCUUUUUCAAGAAAAUUAUUGACAACAGUUAAAAAUCACAUUAGGCAAAAUUAA